AUGGAUUUCAUGAGAGAUGGCACUGAAGAGAAUCUAGAGGAAGUCAACUACAUUGGAGGAAACUAUGGGAAUAGAGGAUUCAAUCCACCAUUUCGCGCGCAUCCAAACCUAUCAUACCGGAGCAACAAUGUGGAGAAUCCAAAUGACCAAGUCUACCCCAAUCAAGGAGCGUAUCAAGGAGGCCAAUACCAAUCCAAGCCACAACAAGUCUAUCCAAGAGGGAUGUACCAAGUGAAGCAACCAUUCACUUUUUCUCAAGAAACAAAUCCAACCCAAACCGGAGAGAAGGUUGACGUGGCGUUGAAGAAAUACAUGGAGGAGCAGAGAUUGAUCACCAAGAACCUAUAUGAGAAGCUUGAUCACAUGUUUGGUGAUCUAAGCAGCAAGUUUGGGUCUCUCUCUACUCACGUUCAAAAGCUUGAGGUGCAAAUCGCUCAAACAGCCGAGGCGGCCAAGAAACAAAAUGAGGUAAACACUCAAAAAUUUUGUAGUGUUGUCUCAUCUAUAGAUGGCACAAUUGUUCCUACACUAUCUCAAGGGGAAGAAGAAGAAAAUGAGCCUAAGGAGAGGCACAAACCGGAGAGAUACAGUUGGGAAUCAAGAAGAGCUUACAAGAGAAGACUUGAAGGCAAGCCACUACAAAAACAAGAAGAUCCGGGGAAGUUUGUGAUAACUUCAAGUAUCAAUGGCAUUCAACUCCACGAUUGCCUAUGUGAUACUGGUGCUAAUGUUAAUCUAAUGUCUCUUGCACUUGCAAAAGAUUUGGGAUUCAAGGAAUUCAAGAGCCCCAAGAUAAGAGUCGAGUUCGCGGAUCUAUCGUGCAUGGAACCUAUGGAAUGCUUGAAGAUGUCAUGA